AUGUUGAAGCAAGACAAUUUUAGAGGAAAAGAAAAGCAGAGAAAUGAUAGAUUGCAAUGUGAAGAAUUUGAAUUGAUGUUAGAAAAGAACAACACGGCUUUGGAUGCUUGUUUGAAGUGGUUGAAAUCAUUGUUCAAAGAGCUAACACUAGGCACAGAUGACGCUGAAGAAACAACUUACAUUGAUGGAUGGAUUGGAUUAGUUAACACAGAGAUCUUGACAUUGAAAAGAAAUCUUCUUUUAAAUAUAUCAGAAGAAAACACCUCCCUUCUUAAACAAAUAGAAGCCAAAUCAAGAAAGCUGAAUCGUGUUGAAGAAGAAUUGAAACAAGGAAGAUGUGAGGUCGAAACUGUGAACAGUAAACAUUAUUUAAUGCUAUCAGAAUAUGAGGAGCUGCAACAAGCAUUGCUCAGUAUAAAUACUAAUAGUGGGAUUACUUUGACAACAAACAAGAAAAUGAAGGAGGAGAUGAAUGAUCAACAAGCAAAACUUCAGAAGCUAACUGAAGCUAACGAGGUUUUGGAACAUCGGUGUGACGGUUACGAACAGGGAUUAAGGAAGUUGUUACAAACAACAGAACACAGUUCACUCGAGUUUUCAGAUGAAUUCUAUGGAAGAGAUGGAAACGUUUCAAUGCUUGAAAAACUUGAGGAGUUUAUAAGCUCAAUGAAAGGAAGUAUGCUCAAGCUGGAUAAGGAGAAAACAACGCUGGAAGAUGAGCUACAGAAAGCAGAUAAAAAAGAGAAUCGCUUACUACAACACAAAGUGGAAUCAAAGGAGUAUGAAUCUAGAAUAGUUAAACUCCAACAGGAGUUAGAAAUUCAGAGAAAAGAGGAACUAAAAUCAGUUCAUCAUCAACUCCAGGAAAUCAAGAAAUCAUAUGAAAGUAGCCUUGAGAAAGAAGAGGUUAAAGCUCAAGAAAUUCUGAAAUUACAAAAACUGGGAAAGGGGAAAGAGGCGAAAGUAAAGAAGUUUGAAGAUGUUAUAAAUAUACAAGAAAAACUUCUUGCAGAUAAAGUAACAUAUACUGUGAUCCUGCAGGGUAGUAUUUCUGAAAUGAAUUUAAAAGUUGAGGAUCUUGGUGCUACUGAACAAAGUUUGAGAAGUGAUUUAGAAGAUCAUUUGAAAACGAUUGCAGAAUUGAAGGGAAAAUGUUCAGAAUUGGAACAAAACGAACGUGAUCUCAGACAGGCUUUAGAAAUGAAAGAGGAGGAGAUUCAAAUAUUAAACAGAGAAUUGGAGACAAGUAAAAAAAGUUACAAUGUAUUGCUUCAGGAAAAGGAAGAAGUCGAAGAGCAAUGUGGCAAAAUUAAGCAUUCUUUAUUACAAACGAAAGAAAAGCUACACGAAUCAGAAAACGAAGUUCAACAACUAUCUGAAGAUCUUGAAAAGGUUAGAAAAGAAAGAGAAAACAUUAUUUAUGAAGCUGAGAAAAUGAAAAAGGUCGGAAAAGGAAAAUUAACAAAGCUUAGAAAAUUCCAAGAAAUAGUUGUAAAACAAGAGAAUAUUUCAUCGGAAAAAGAUACGGAUUUAUUUAUGAUGAAAGAAAGGAUUAACGAUUUGUCUGAAAAACUCGGACAAAAAGAAGAAGAGUUACAAUUACUGCAGGGAGAUUUAGAAAGAAUGACUCAUUGGGAGGAGGUUUGUAAACAGCAAGAGCGGACAAUACAUGACAUACAUCAAAGUGUCAAAGAUAGAACCAGGGAAUUCACGGAAGGAAAUAUCGAAAGUGAAAGGAAAAUUUCCAUCUUUGAAGAAAAAUGUUCUGCUCUUGAAAAUACUAUUGAAUUUUUGCAGCGUCAAGAGAAGCAUAUGGAACUUGAAAUCCAGUCACUCUCUGCAUCUUCUUCAGAGGCUGAUGACUGGAAAACUAGGUGUCAGAGGCUUGAGGAAGGAAAUGAAUCUCAUCUAAAAAGAAUCCCAAUCGUCAGCGAUUUGAUAGAACGUCAGGAAACUAAUCCGUCCUUAGCCAUCAAACCAAAGAUCCAAGAAGAUAGCACUGACGACAAUGACCCCGAAUAUGAGGAUUUGAAUCCUAAACAGCUGAUAAUAACAUUAGAUGAAAAACAAGCUUUAAUUCUUUCAAUGCAAGAUAACCAUCAAAAAGAACUCGCAGCUUUAAAUGCCAAAUUAUCCAAGAUGAAAACGCUAUGUAAAGCCAAAGAUGCUAAAAUUGCCAAACUUCAGAACAUGGCAAAAGACAAGCAAAAUAGAGGUGAUGAGAAUGGAAGCAGUAAUGCACGGGAAAGUACAGACAAUUUGUCCUUGAACUCUAAUGUGGUUGAUAAUGAAUGGAGAAGAAGAAUUAUGCAUUCUGAGGUAGUGAUGCAACUUGAAAGGAGAAUUUUAAAUGCCAAAGAAGAAGAUCUGUUUGGUCUUAAAGAGAGGGUAUAUGGUUGGGAGGAUUGGUAUGAUAAAGAAUUUAGAGGCAUUGAAUCUUCGCUGGCUGCAAUGGAAAAGUCUUCGAUAGAAAAAUACACAAUUAUUGCCAGUAUGAAGGAAGAACUUGAUUAUUUAAGAGAUAUAUCGAUGACUGAGGAGGCUGAGUUAUUAGAGGGUAAAGAGACGGACGUACACAAAUCUUUUGAACAAGAAUUAUGUAAAUUAAAAAGAAUUUGUAAAGGCAAGGAAGCUAAAAUAAAUCAGCUCGAACAAGCAAAAAAAGACUUGGAAGAAAAAGAUGGACGAAAUGCAGAACAACUAUCGACAACCUCCCACACAACCAAUCCAACUGAAUGGCGUCAGCUGUUAGAAGAUAGUCAAGAUGAAAAUCAGAAGUUGUGCCAGCAUAUAGAAACUCUUAAUACUGAACAGCUUCAGAGAGUAAAAGAUUUUGAAUCAAUGUUAAGCGAAGAAACAAACCAAAUCCUGACAUUGAAACAAAAUCAAAGACUCGCCGAGCUGCAGGCCGAUUGCAAACAGCAAGAGGAUAAGGUAUCUGCUCUAGAAGAACGAUGUAACGUUAUUUUAAUGGAGAAAAAUAACUGUGAAAAAGUUUUGAAGGAAGUGAAUAACUCUUAUCAGGAAAAAGCGGGACAAAGGGAAAUGAUCAUUACAGACAUGAGACAGCAAAUUGAAGAGAAAAAACAACAAAUUUACAUUCUAGAAGGUGAAAAAUCUCGUUUGAAUGAACAAUUGGGCACUGCAUUGGAAGUGAAUACUAAACAAGAAAUUGAAAAAGUAGAGUUGCGAAAUACAAUACGAUUUUCAGAAGAGAAAAUUCAAGAACAGAAUACUCGUAUAAUUAACCUUGAUAUUACUGUGGAAAAGCAGACUGCUUUAAUGCACAAGAAAGGAAAUAUAGCGGAGGCUUUGCAAAAUGAUUUAGAGAAGGAAAUUGUCACUUUAAAGGAGAGCUUGAAAACAAUACACGAAGAACUUUCGAUUACAAAAGAGGAAUUGGAGGAAAAUUGUAAUACUAAGAAUCAGCUGCAAAUUGAGCAGGAUAAGCUAAUCAAUUUGAAAGAAGAAGUAAAUCGUUUGUAUGAAGAAAAUCAACACCUUCAUAGUGUUGUAGGGGGAAAAGAGCAACAAUUGUGGUCUCUGCAAAAUACAUGUUCUGUGAUGAAAAGAGAGGCUGGAGCUUUGAAUAAACACGCCGAAGAAACAUUUGAAAUUUCUAAUGUUGUAGUUGAGCCUAUCAUUGAAAUAUCCUCAGAAAAGCUGCUGGGUGCUGUGCCUUCUUCCAAACCAACGGAACUAAUGAAAACAUCCGACACAACUCAAGAUCUAAGAGAUUAUGCAAAUGAAACGACAGAACAACUCGGGGAGAAAAUAAUUCAACUGGAGCUCUGUAAGCAACAGCUUACGGACCAAUGCUCUCAACUGGAGCUUAAUCUGGAGCAUGCAAGAAAAAGCCAAGGUGAAAAUGACAGUCACAAACAAAUGGUAAUGGACAGAUUGACAGAGGCUCAACAAAGCGUAGAAGUAUUGUCGGCUGAGAACUCCCAACUUCAGAGGUCUUUGUCUGAAAGAAUGGAGGAACUAAGUCUGUUGAAGUCCAAACUAAAGAACACAGAAGAAUCCAUAGAAAAGUUCAGUGGAAUAGUACAGGCAAUGUCAGCAGAACAAGAACAAUCAACUGGAAAUUUCAGAGAGGAAAUUGAAACAUCAAGAACAAACAUAGUGAACCUGCAAGAACAGAUCCAUGCACUGGAACUAUCAGAGAAUAAUAUAAAGGCCGAAUGUGAACAAUAUCGACUGCAGGUUUGUGAUCUUCAACAACAGUGUUCAGAAUCAAAUAACGUACUUGAAAGUGAACGGGAAAAAUUUCUGGAAAGUGAAAUCUAUUUGUCACUACAAUGUAAGACACUCUUCGAUGAAGUAGACCAAGAAAAGAAGAAAAAUCAAUCACUUGAAAGUAGAAUUCAAUCUGUGAUCGACGAACUUCAUCAAGAAAAACAGAGGACAGCUGAUCUUGGAAAAGAGAUGGAGCAAUUGCAGAAAUUAAAAUUGGCUUCUGAUGAACUGGCCAGUUCGAUGGAGGAGAAAGAAAAUAUACUAUCAAGCUUGAUUGACAAUAAGAAUUCCGAUGAGGAAAUGAUGCUAAAGAAACUUAAAGAAAAAGAUGAGAAAAUCGCAUCACUUUUAGAAAACAUGCAAGAAAUGGAGGAAGGUCUCAAUCAACUUGACCAGGCAGAUAAAAUGAAAGAAUCAUUGAAGGAGACCAAAAAGGAAGACAUUGAAACCGAAAUUAAGUCUCUAAGGGCUGAACUGGAGAAGAAAGGAAAUUUCGAAAAUGAAUCUAAUGACAUCAAAACGGAUGCUGGUACUGAAAAGAAAGAAAGUCUUUUAGUAACCGAGCUUAAGCAGAAAAUUAUGACGGAUGAAUCAUCAAUUCAUAUAUUAGAAGAGAAACUAACAGCUGUAGAUGAUUUAAGUCAGAAACUGGCUGAAUGUGAGAACUUGUUAAUGACAAGGGAGAAAGAUUUUGUUGUGAUUCAGGAAGAACUUGAAAAUCGAGUAAGCGAGUUGAGUUCACUGAGCUUGAAAUUAACCGAUAGUGAUAAAACUAUUCAGGAUUUAGAAACUGCAAAUAGAAAACUAAAUGACAAGCUACACAUGGAAACAGAGAGGCUGACUGAAAACAUUAUUAAAGCCGAAUCUCAGAAAUCAGAGAUGCAUUUUCAGAUGGUUACACUAGAGGAAGAAAAGACGCAAAUACAAGGCUUGCUUCAAGACAAAUCUGAAGAAUGUGUGAAGUUACAAGCACAAGCCGACCAGACAGUAAAGGAUAUCGCAACAAAAGAUAAAAUGAUUAAUGAUGUGGAGAGUCUGUUGGAACAGCUGUUGCAAAGUAACGAAAAAGACAGUAUGAUUACUGAAUUGUCUCAAAAACUAAAAAACCUGGACGUGCAACUUGCAGAGAAGGAUAAGAAAAUUGAAGAAUUUGAUCGCAAAAAGGACCAACUAUCUUCAAUAAUACACAAUGUGAAAGGAUGUUAUCGUGAAGUGACAGGAGAUGAAUGCAAUGUGCAAAACAUUGAAGGCAUUAUGAUUGCCUUACAGAAUUUUCAGCUGAAAGAAAUUGAAGACAGCAAUCAUGAUCUACUCGCUCAGGUUGCACAUCUAAAGUCUACCAUUGAAGAAAUGACAGAGCGCGAGAGUGUAAGGGAUUACAUCUGUUCGGAUCUAACGUUAGCAGUAGAAAAUCUCACGAAAGAAAACGAUGCAUUGAAAAGUGGCUGUGAUAUAUCAAAUGCUAAAUGCAGCAAAAUGGAAGAUGACUUGGUUGAAUACAAACAAAAAUACAGCAGUCUGUUAAAUGAAAAUGAAACAUAUAAGUCUGAAAGCGAGGAGGAAGAACAUUUAAACCAGUCCUCAGCAAAUGGUAGAUGUGUCGAAACCGAGCUGCAAACCACUAAGGAAAAACUCAAAUCAAUGGAAGAUGCCUAUGAGCAAAUACAUAGCAGGUUAAAGUCAUCAGAAGGAAAAUGUGAGAAGAUGUUGGUGAAGUUGAAAGCCUUCAAAACAAAGUGUGAUAAGCUUCAAGAGGAGGUCAAUGUUUUGAAGGAAAGUUCUGCACAAGUUACCAACGAAGGCAAUGCUGCUGAUAACACUUUAAAAGAAGAACUUGCACUCCGAAUUCAAGAACUGGAGGAAACACGCAGGAAAGUUGAGACUAGCCAGUGGUAUAUCUCUGAAAUUGAGAAACUGAAAGAGAAUGAGGGCAUGUUGGAGACCACUAUAGGAAAACAAUCUGAGAGUGAAAAACGGUUAAUUGGUGAGAUAGAUCUGUUGAAAAAUAACUUACAACAAAAGGAUGAGAGGUUCCAAAAGAAGGAAAAAAGAGUAAAGGAGUUUGAAAACGAACGUGAACAGAUGCAGGAAGAAAUUGAUGGAUUUAAAGAAGAUGUUUCAGAAAUGAAGAAAGAAAAGAAUGCCUUAAAAGAUGAAUAUGAGUCGCUUGAUCUGAAGUUAAAGGAAGUUUUAAAUGAAAACAAAGGACUUAAAGAAAAAAUCGGGGCAAUCGAAUGGAGGUUAGAAGAAGUCGAAUCUUUGGAAGAAGAGCUAGAAGAAGUGAGAUCUGAACUUGACAGGAAGAACUCGGACUUAAAUCUGACAACAAAGGAAAAAGAGAAGAUUCAGGCAGAACUAGAACAAAGCAAACAAAACCAAAAUAAUCCCUCACAGCAUACGCUGAAUGAAGAUAUCAUGUCUUUAAAAGAAGAGCUGGAUAAGAAAAUGGAAAUGAAUAAAGACCUAGAGGACCAAGGGGAUUCCUUCCGAGAGGAAUUAAAUGAGACUGCGACCGAAAUAGACAACUUGAGAGGAGAACUCAAGAAAUCCCUCAAGGGAGUAGAAGAUCAGACUAGAUUGUUAAGAGAAGAACUCCACCAACCAGCAACAGAGAAUGAAGGAUUGAUCAAGGAAUUGAAUUUAAUCAGGGAAAAAUAUAACCAGGUCGAAAUAAUUCAAAAGGAAAAUGAUAAACUAAAGACAGAACUAGAAGUCUUGAAACGAGAUGAAAGCAAAUCUACGGAUACAAUUUCUGGUGCAGGUACAGAAACAUCAAAUAGGAUGCAAGAACUUGAAGAGGAGUUGGAGCUUAUCAAAGAAGAACUGAAUGAGACAAUGUCCGAAAAUGAGAAGCUGAGAAGUGAAAAUGGGUCAGAUUACAAAGCAAUUUUGUUUGACAAACUUCAGCAUGAAUAUCAAAAUUUAAGAGCAGAAGUAGAGUCGAUGAAGAAAAGUGGCCCAUCCAAUGUCAGAUGA